AUGACGCAAAACUAAUUAAAAAUGCUGCUUUGCGUAUUUUAAGUAGCUUUUGUAUCAGCUGGACUCUAUUUCUAUAUAUUCUGGAAGAAAUUAGAUGAUGUAAAGAUUACAUUGAUAAUAUUCAGAAACCUUAUUAUGAAUAGUUGGCUUUUGUGUACGGGCUAAUUUUAGGAUUCACAGAAUUAUUGGUUGCAAUAAUUUUAUUCAUUCUAAUGAAAACCCAUGUUCAAAUCACGUCCCUGGGAAUGAUUGGUCGUUACAUACGAUAGAACUGCUACAAGGAAUAUUAUGCUCUGAUAAUAAUUAAUUUAGUAUAGAAUUUGAUAAUUUAGGCAUUUCUGAUAACCUUCAAUAUUAUUACAAUAGUGGACUCAGAAUCUGUAAGUUUCAAAAAUAUCUAAUCCCUCCAUUUCGUAGCUGCCUACUAUAUUCAAGCAGUUCUCUUUGCAAUGUUUUCAAAUGACUUGCUAAAGAGAAGAGCCUUGAUUCCGAACGAAUUUAUGUUCGAAAGAGAGGGAAUCUUCCGAUGCGCAUAUGAAGUUCUCUAUUACGUCGUGUGCCUAUUCGUAGUCUUAAGUAGAUAUACACAUAUCAAAAUGUUAGGUUACUUUUUGGUUACCCAUUUCGAGAAAUUACCUGAACCAAAUCAAACCUUGUGUCAAUUAAUCAUAUUCACCUUGCUCUACCAAUUCUAUUCAAUAACUAAGUUGGGUAUCUUGAUAAAAAUAUUUUUGAUAAUCACAACUACCAGACUGCUCUACUCGGCAGCAAACUCAAUUAACAAUUUCUAGGAUGAUUCUUAGAAAGGGUCUCAGAUCACUUUGAUAGUGAUCACAAUUAUAUUUUUAAUAAGAAUGGUGCAACAAUGUUUAAUAGGUGUAAUAAGAGCAAGAGAGGAAUACUUAAAUUAGACUUAACAUCAACCACCCGAUAUUCUGAGCGCGUUGAAUUUAUUACCGCCCAGAGAUCCCUACAUAAGACAGUCAGCUUAAAUAAUCAGUGAGGAGUAAAUUGAGAUGUUGCCCGUCUAAAAGUUUAAGAUGGAAUAUGAAUUUGUGUGUUCGAUAUGUGACAUGAAUCUUCUAAAGAAUGAGAUGGUGAUGAAACUGAAUUGCUCUCAUAUUUUCCAUUCAGAAUGUUUGAAGCCAUGGAUUAGAAUCAAGAACUCUUGUCCGAAUUGCAGACAGCAAAUACUUAGUUAAUUCACUCAAUAAAAUUAGCAUGAGGAGAUUCCUCAACAUUUACAGCAUUAAAUUUUACGCAUUCAAGCAGAAGUCCCACCUCCAAUAAACGAAAUCAAUUAACAAUAACAAAUAUCUGAGUUACCUCCCCAAAGACAGAUGGAAAUACAAGAAUGAAUG